UUCGAAAGAUCCAAUGUGAGUGGUGUGGUUACCCUUCUUGUUGACUCCCAACCAUUGUCCGUUUUCUGUCACAUGGGAAAUUUUGGGUGUGGAGACGGAGGAUGGACGCCAGUCAUGAAGAUUGCCGGUAGUGAGGUGCAUACUUUAGCUAACUAAUUAUCUCGUGUAUAAACCCGCUCUCUUUCAAAACGUUGCAAGUUAAAAAAAGUGCAUGUUACUUAUGUAAUACAUGAAGUACUUAUGUAAUACAUGAAGUACUUAUGUAAUACAUGAAGUACAGACUUCGUUCAGUACUUAUUUUGUGUAGUGACUGUUGAAAAAGGAUGAAAAAGAAUUUAUAAAUAUAUGCUAUCAUAUUUGUCUCAAUUAUUAUGUAACAGCUAGAUAAGAAAUACACAGCAUUACGAUCAUGAUUCGGUUAAAAGCUGUUCGGAACAAAGAACAUAUCUUAUCUGAGUUAAAGUUCCACACCAGUUAAUUGAUGUGUAGAUAUUACACUGAUUUAAAGAGCUGUCAUUGCUCAUCCCCUAAACAGCGGGGAAGGUGGGGGAUAGGUAGGGAAGGAUUCUUGGAGGACUGUAGAACAUUUAGUGCCAUUUUACUUGCCAAUGAUUUUAUCGUGACAAAACCACACUCAAACUUCUUUCUAUAUGCAAAGAGAUCUGAAUUUCGUUAAAGAAUAGCAACGUCUAUCAUCCUUCGUUCACUUCACAAAUGAUAUUCAUUUCGAUGAGUCUUGAUUGGAGUGCAAAUGAAAACAAAGAAAAGCUCCUUAUAACUAGAUACAUAUGUCAUGCAAUGAUCUACGGCGUCGGGUAUUAUUGGAGAUUAUUGAUGUUGGUAAUUACGACAUGAUGUCGUAAAUACCAAGGUCAAAUCAUCGGUAAAACAAAUGAGUAAUGGAUCAAUAAAUGCAGAUACACGACAAGACUUCGAGAGAAAAUAUCCAUUAAUUCGGAGUAAAUAAAAACAAAUGAAUUGCUCAUUUAUUUCAGACCACCUUCCAUUAUAAGGCGAAUUACUGGAUAAAUUACCAAGGAUACAAUCUUCCCGGAGGAGAGACUGGGUUCGACGGACAAGAAUCAAAGCUACCCACCUACUGGAACACAUCCUUCUCCAGGAUCUGUCUCGGUAUGAAGACCCACCAACAGCUCAGGUUCAUUGUCAUCCACAAGCAGGCUGACUCUCUGUACUCACUGAUCGCUGAUGGCCAAUACCGCGCCACCUCACUGGGUCGUGACGUGUGGAAAGGGUUGAUUGGUUCCCAAGGCUCGUUACAGUACAAAUGCAACAAAGAAGGGUUCAAUGCCGUUUGUACUAGGGAAGCAGUUUCUAAAGCCAGAAUUGGUAUUGUUGGCAACAACGACAAUGACUGUGUCACGUGCGACUCAAGGAUCGGACUUGGCACAGGAGGUUACCCUGACGAUUCAAACACGUGUGGUAACGAGGCCGUUAUCAAUCCAGAUAAUGGAGACAAACACAUCAAAGUCAUGGGAUACGUCUUGGUCCAAUAA